AACCUUCACAACGUCCUGCAAAGUUAACCAACCUAUCUUUUGCUAAUUUAAUUUUCAUUUAUUUUAGCCGAUUCAUUCAGAACAAAUGCUGAGCCCCAUAGGAACACAGCGAGAUAGCCAGCGCUGCUUUAACACUGUGCAACAUAUUGCACUAUAUAGUAGUGAUUCGUAAUUGCACUAUAUCCUAAGCCAAUCAGAGUGCUUUUUACAUUAUAUAAUCACGCACUGCCUAAGUCAUCUAUUUGACUUAGCGAUUUCUUACGCUAAAUACAAGAUGAACCUUAAAAUAGGGCAAUUAUGCUAUGAGGCUAACGAUAUGUAUCACGCUAAUAUCAUGUGAUGGUAACAGUAGGACGUGUUCCGCAUCGACCCCUGGGGGGCGGGCACAAGAAUAUCACUUGACAGUUUUGAGCGUAGGGCCAGGCUAGUCUCCUACGUUAGUGAGAGAGAUACCUUCCGUUAGUUCCGUUAGAAAAUACAGGCAGCAGCUUGGAGCUGUCCCGGACCGUUCCCUUUAACGGGGACUUGACCCUACUGUGUGUGUCUUCAAACUUCGGUCUGCUACGACCACAGCACCAGUAUCAUCGGGGAGCCACUUGGACAGACAGACAGAGAGAAAGAUCAACACACAGCGGGUAAAGGACCCAGCCGCCCGCCAACCCCUCCCCCCUUCCCCCCCCCUGUCCCCCUCCAUCGCCAUGACGUCACCCCGAGUGGUCUGUUGACGUCGCCGUUAUUUCGGGACGCCCAUGGUGCGGCGGCGCGGGGGUGUCCGUCACCAAACGGCAUGCGGAUCGCCGCUAGCAUGAAGCUCGAGUAGCGGCUACCGUCGCUGUCGCCGUCACCCUGUCCAUGGGGAGGAGGAGGAGGAGCUGAAGUGUUGGGUCGGGAAGCUCGGCGCCGUCUCGUCUGACAGCCAUGGAUGACUUCAGCGGUAGGACCUACGGAACCAGUGGCCUGGACAACAGGCCCCUGUUCGGGGAGACAUCGGCCUGGGAUCGGAUCAUCAACGUUGGUGUGGGUGGAGUCACUACUCUGUUUGUCCUGGUGACUGUCAUCAGUUCUUUUGUGUUCCCAUCGCUUCCCCCGAGGGCUCUCAACAUUUUCUUUGCGGCCUGUAUUCUUCUGAUCUGCGGCUCUACGUUACUGCUGAUCUUCUGGUACCGCCAAGGGGAUCUGGAGCCCAAGUUCAGGAAGCUAAUCUACUACAAGCUGGCCUCCAUCGUGCUGCUGUGCCUGUGUGCCAACCUCUACUUCCACGGGGUCACGUAGGUGUGGCUCUUAAGUGGGACCCAUGGACCCCACAGAUGGGCGGGCACGCACACGCAGCAAUAAGGGGGUCAAAGCAAUGGAUGGGUGAAGGGUAGAACAUUCAGGUGGUUUUACUUGGUGGAAGGUCUCCAACGUUAACCGUGAUGUCUACCAAUGGAACCAAAGGAUAAGAGACCCCCUCUGCAUUCUGAGGAACCCGGCGGUUCCAAAUGACCAAUUCCAUUUUUCCAGAGGGAAACUGAAAAGAAAUGAAGCAAAGGACUUGGUGAGACCACUCGAGAGGAACACUGCCUUAAAUGCGUUGCACACACCGCGACCACCACGCACGCGCGAGUGAGUGAGUGUGUGUGUGUGUGUACCGGCCAGUACACUUGCGGACAGUAGCUCACGUGACUCUUGAUCAUGUGCACUUCAAGGAUCUUUCAUAAUUACACCAGGGGACCGUUGCGGGUGUAGUAUAUAAGUCUACAUCAGUUUUAGAUGUAGCCCUGUUUACAACAAUGACACACGUUAAAGAUCAUGGUGACUCUUGAGAAGGCUGGGUCGAGUAUUGCUUGAUCCAGUCAACAUUGAUGACUUUCAGACUCUAGAGGCAUCGCCGGUGCCACGUAAAUCCCAUUGGCAGACUUAAUUGUGAUCCCUAAACCACAAUGGCUCAUCCCCCAAAUGAUGACUAUGCACACGUCCAACUACUCUGUGAAGGAGUAUUUCUUUGGUACUGUUAUAGCACACUAGCUAAAGAUAGACAUAUAGUCUUCCGGUUCUCAUUUCUAAUUUUACAUGGAGGCCGUCUGUUCUUCCCAUUGCAACAGAUAAGAAACAGGGUACAUUCUACAUAAUGUUUUCUUAUUCCUGUCCCAUAAUCAUAAAUGUAUCUAAUCAAUCUUUCCAAUGGUGCACAUGCCAUAUUACGUUGGCUGCCAAUGCUUGCACCAAACGGAAGCUGUGCCCAACACCUAUGUUAUUUUAGCCAUAUGAGCGUGCAUGUCCACCCCCAAGCUCUUUAUAACCUUCUCUCACUCAGGCCAAAGCACUGCAUCUGUGCACACUGUAGCACCAAUGAUCAUUAUGAAGUAAAGGAACCCAUACACAUCCCAUCCCAGUCAUCUUUAAGUAAAGCUGCAUUUCACAGGGUCUUGAAGGAUCGAUUACAGAGCUCUGCUCCAUAUUUUGCGAUCUCCAUGAUCAGAUCAAUCUAUUUUUGCACUUCACUUGAUAUACAUAUAUAUAUAUAUAUAUAUAUAUAUAUAUAUAUAUAUAUAUAUAUAUAUAUUGCCAUAUUUCUCUUUGUGUAUGUGGCUGUAUUGCUCCUAGUCACAUUCUUGAUAUUAAAAUAUUAAUAAAUGUAGUCCCACAGCAUUUAUUCGGAGCAGUGGACAGUUGGGUGCUUAGGAAUAACCCAGACUCUCGCUUUGUUUCUUAAGAUAGUCUACCUGAAUAUGAAAGAUAUGCUGAAAGGACACAGCUAUGAUGUGUGCCUUGGUUAGCCAAAGCACACCUGGACGUCAUGAUACACCUUCAUGUUGUAAUGCUUCAAAUCAAUGCAAAUGUUAAUUUGUUUUUCGGAAGUACUUCAAUUAGAAUUUCUACUUUUGCAUUUCAAUACACUAAUUUGAACACUGUGGAAACCCUGACCAAAAUAAUUUGUUCUUAGGCAAGUGGUAACCUUUACCUACCAACUAGUAAAGCCAAAAUAAAGAUGGAUUUGUUUGAGGAAAUUUGAAUAUGAAGAGCGUGAAUGCUACCUAUGAUUUGAAAUUAACAGCCCUGAAGAGCACCAUAGCAAAUAUAUAAUUUAAUCAUGUCAAUGUUUCCUUUGCAAAAAUCUUUGCAAAUUCUGUGCUAACCGUACAUGUUUUAUCACAAGUUGACUUUAUAAGUCUAGGACCAAAUCAGCAUGUUAUUCUCACCAAUGUUCUGUUCAGUGAUAAACGUUCUGCCACAAGGCCAUCAGUGGCCAAUCUUAAGUUUGAUUCAAAUGGGGAACCAUCAGAAGACACAACGACCUAGGGAUUGUCAGAAACCAUUUGCUGCUUUCUACUCGACAUUUUAUGGAAUUAAGACUCCUGUACCCUGUGUUUAUAACUCAACACUUUUUGGUCUUCUAAAUAUUGUAAGAUAAUAUUCCAUGUAGGAAGCACAAGACCUCAACGAAGUGACACAAUAAAACUCAUUCUUUAUUAUACAAAA